CUUGCAGGUCAGAAAAUUCUUCACCAUAGAAGUGAUGUCUUAGAAACUGUAGUCCUGAUCAAUCCCUCAGAUGAAGCAGUUAGUACUGAGGUGCGCUUAAUGAUCACAGAUGCUGCAAGACACAAGCUCCUUGUACUAACUGGACAGUGCUUUGAAAACACAGGAGAACUCAUUCUUCAGUCAGGGUCCUUCUCCUUCCAGAACUUCAUUGAGAUCUUCACGGAUCAAGAGAUUGGUGAAUUAUUGAGCACCACACACCCUGCCAACAAAGCCAGCUUAACUCUUUUCUGCCCUGAGGAAGGAGACUGGAAAAAUUCCAACCUUGACAAACACAACCUUCAAGACUUUAUUAACAUUAAACUCAACUCAGCUUCCAUAUUGCCCAAAAUGGAAGGACUCUCUGAAUUCACAGAGUAUCUGUCAGAAUCAGUGGAAGUGCCAUCACCCUUCGACAUUUUGGAACCUCCAACUUCAGGAGGUUUCUUGAAACUCUCCAAACCCUGCUGUUAUAUUUUCCCAGGUGGAAGAGGGGACUCUGCAUUAUUUGCAGUGAAUGGAUUCAACAUGCUUAUCAAUGGAGGAUCCGAAAGAAAAUCUUGCUUUUGGAAACUUAUCCGGCACUUGGACAGGGUAGAUUCCAUUCUACUCACUCACAUCGGAGACGAUAACCUGCCAGGAAUCAAUAGCAUGCUUCAGCGAAAAAUAGCUGAACUAGAAGAGGAACAGUCUCAAGGGUCUACUACCAACAGUGACUGGAUGAAAAAUCUGAUCUCACCUGAUUUAGGAGUUGUAUUCCUUAAUGUACCUGAGAACCUGAAGAACCUGGAUCCUAGCUUUAGGGUAAAAAGGAGUGUAGAAGAAGCUUGUUUUACUCUCCAGUAUUUAAAUAAACUGUCUAUGAAACCAGAACCUCUUUUCAGAAAUGUGGGAAAUACCAUUGACCCCAUCAUUUUAUUUCAGAAAAUGGGAGUUGGCAAACUUGAGAUGUAUGUGCUCAAUCCUGUCAAAAAUAGCAAAGAGAUGCAAUAUUUUAUGCAACAGUGGAGCGGUACUAGCAAAGAUAAAGCUGAAUUCCUGUUGCCAAAUGGCCAGGAACUAGAAAUUCCAUUAUCCUAUUUCAUGUCUGUCUCAUCCCUGAUUGUGUGGCAUCCAGCUAAUCCUGCAGAAAAAAUAAUCCGAGUUCUGUUUCCUGGAAACAGCACCCAAUAUAAUAUUCUAGAAGGACUAGAAAAAGUCAAACACUUAGACUUCCUUAAACAACCAAUGGUUACACAAAAAGACCUGACUGGCAACAUUGCUAGUCCAGCUGUGAAACAAGCAAAGUUGAAACAGCGAACAGACAGCAAGGAGAGUCUGAAGACUGCUGCAAAGACACCAAGCAAGCCUGUCAGAAAGGAAUCUAAAGAAGAAACGCCAGAGCCUGCAAAGCCUAGUCCAGCACUGGAAAAGCUUCAGAAACUGGAAAGCAGAGAAAAAGUUCCAGUUAAAAAAGAGAAACCAGCAAAAGUGGAGACCAAACCUAUAGUGGCAGAAAAAGAUGUAAAAAGUAAAGAGCAAUUAGUAAAAUCUGAAACUACUGAAAAAGAAGCUACAGAUGUAAAACCAAAAGUGGCAAAGGAGAAGCCAAUGAAAAAGGAAGUCAAAGCAAAACCUGAAGAAAAGAAAGAGGAAAAAGAAAAAACAAAGAAAGAGGUUUCUAAAAAAGAGGAGAAAACACUCAUCAAAAAAGAGGAAAAAACAAAAAAAGAAGAGAUCAAACAAGAAGUUAAAAAAGAGGUGAAAAAGGAAGAGAAUAAGGAAACUAAGAAGGAAGUAAAGAAAGAAGCUCCACCAAAGGAAGUUAAAAAAGAAGGUAAAAAAGAAGAGAAGAAGGAAAUUAAGAAAGAAGAAAAAGAAGCCAAAAAGGACAUCAAAAAGUUUCCUAAAGAAACAAAGAAGACAGCUGCUCCUUUGACUGAAGUCAAAAAGCCAGCAGCAAAGUCUAAACCACAAAAGAAGGAGGAACCUGCUAAAAAAGAAGCAGAACCUGCUGGAAAACCAAAGGAUAAAGGAAAGAUUAAGACUGUGAAGAAGGAGAUCAAAGUCAGUGGAGCACAAGCUGCCCUUGCAUCAGUUGGAGCCACUCCCAUAACUGUAGCAGCUGCAGAAAUUACAGCUAGUGGAAAAGAAUUUGAAGUGGAGAGAUCCCUUAUGUCUUCACCAGAGGAUUUAACAAAGGAUUUUGAGGAAUUAAAAGCUGAAGAAGUAGAAACAAUAAAAGAAACAAAACCUCAAGUUGCACUUAAAGAGGAUGAACUGAAACUCACUGGCACAGAGCAAAAAGAGGCCUUUGAAGUCCAAAAAGAAAAGUUAGAUAAUGAAGGACCUGCCGAGUCCUCUGAUGAAGGCAUAACUACCACAGAGGCUGAGGGUGAGUGUGAACAAACACCUGAAGAAUUGGAACCUGUGGAAAAGCACAGGGUUGAUGACAAAGAAAAGUUUGAAGAUGAGGGAACUGGCUUGGAAGAAUCAUAUGAAGCAGGAGAUUAUGAGGGAAAGGCAGAGACAGAAGCUGAAGAACGAGGUGAAGAUGAGGAAGUAAAGACGCCACUGGACACCACAAAACCAUAUAUGGAGGAAGCAAUAAAAAUGGAAGAGAGUUCAGAAGAAAUAAUUGCUGAAGUACGUGCUAACAUUAAAGCCGAAAAAUAUAUUGAAAAUGCAGAUGAUGAGGCAUCAGAUGAACCAGCUGAGCAAGACAGGGAAGAAGCAGUAGAAAAGGCAGAAACUGAAGAGACUGAAGAAGAGGAGGAAGACAAAGCAGAAGACAUCAGAGAUGAAGAGGAAACUGAAAAAAUAGAAGCUGAAGAAGAUUAUGUGAUGGCUGUUGUAGACAAAGCUGCAGAAGCUGGUGAAGUUGAAGAUAAAUAUGACCUACUCAUAAUUACACCAACAAAAUGCUCAGAGCCUCAGUCUCCAGCAGUUGAACUGGCCUCUUCUAUCCAUGAUGAAACAUUACCUGGUGGUUCAGAAAGUGAAGCCACUGUUUCUGAUGAAGAAGAUAGAGAAGAUCAACCUGAGGAAUUCACUGCUACUUCAGGUUAUACCCAGUCUACCAUCGAAAUAUCCAGUGAACCAACUCCAAUGGAUGAAAUGUCUACACCCCGGGAUGUCAUGAGUGAUGAAACUAACAAUGAAGAAAGCAAGUCACCUUCUCAAGAGUAUAUGAACAUUACCAAGUAUGAGACAUCACUGUACUCUCAAGAAUUUGCUAGACCUAAACUUUCUCCGCUUCCAGAUGCUUUUAAUGGAUUAUCAGAAGGAUCCAAAACAGACGCCACAGAAGGUAAAGACUAUAAUGCCUCAGCUCCUACCAUCUCACCACCUUCUUCAUUAGAGGAAGACAAAUUCUGCAAAUCUGCAUUCAAAGAUGUAUAUUGGCAAAAAGGAAGUGAAAUCCAAGGCACUGCCAAAUUAGAAAUCAAAGAACCCUAUCCAGAAGAUGAUGGAAAACAUAGUCCAGCUGAGAGUUUGUCCCCUCCAUCACCCGUUGCCAAAACACCACUGAGUGAACGUAGUGUGAAUUUUUCGCUCACUCCCAAUGAGAUCAAGGUCUCAGCUGAGCCUGUCAUCAUUGCUACAUUGCCUGAUGUACAUCAAGAAGUUGCUGAAGAGCACUGUGCAAGCCCUGAAGAUAAAACAUUAGAAGUAGCAUCUCCCUCACAGUCUGCUGCUGGUAGUGCUGGCCACACACCUUAUUAUCAGUCUCCCACUGAUGAAAAGUCCAGUCAGCUUCCCUCUGAAACCAGUGAAAAGUCAACAGAUGCUCCUGUUAGCUUUGAAUUCAGUGAAGUCAAAGAUGAGUCUGCAAAACCCAGAAUAAGCCCUAUGGAUGAGCCUGUGCCAGAUUCAGAAUCUCCUAUUGAAAAGGUUCUCUCGCCUCUACGGAGUCCACCACUGAUAGGUUCAGAGACCACUUAUGAUACAUUUUUGAAUGCUGAUGUAAAGUCUCCCACCAGAGAUUAUGGAAGUUCUUCUGAGGGGAAACCUAAAAAAGAAAAAUCACCUGUUCAGAUGAGCCCAGUUUCUGAAGCCAGCUCUGUGGGCCUUUUCCAAGAAAAACAAGAUGAGAAAAGCAUGGAGUUUAUGGUAAUUAAGGAAGGCUUUAGUCUGGAAAGGAGAAUGGAGGAUACAGAACCCAGCAGCUCCCAGUCUUCAUUGGUCUUGGAUGAGCGGAAGUUAGCAGGUGAUCUCUCACCUAUUCAAACAGAUAUUGGACAGUUUGGUUCCUUAAAAGAAGACACCAAAAUGUCAAUUUCUGAAGGCACUGUUUCUGACAAGUCUGCAACUCCAGUUGAUGAGGUUGUAGCAGAAGAUACCUAUUCCCAUAUAGAAGGAGUAGCAUCUGUCUCUACAGCAUCUGUUGCUACUAGUUCAUUUCCAGAACCAACUACCGAUGAUGUAUCUCCUUCUUUGCAUGCUGAGGUUGGAUCCCCCCACUCUACUGAAGUUGAUGAUUCCCUUUCAGUGUCAGUUGUACAAACACCAACAACGUUUCAGGAAACAGACAUAUCUCCAUCUAAGGAAGAGUGCCCAAGGCCCAUGUCAAUUUCUCCACCAGAUUUCUCACCUAAAACUGCAAAAUCAAGAACCCCAGUGCACGAUCACAGAUUUCCUGUGCAGUCAACUAUGUCAGUAGAAUUUGGUCAAGAGUCCCCUGAGAAGUCUUUAGCAAUGGACUUUAGUAGGCAAUCUCCAGACUAUCCUACUGUAGGUACUACUAUACACCAUAUAUCUGAAAAUGGACCAACAGAAGUAGAUUAUAGCCCUUCAGAUAUACAGGAGCCUAUUUUUGCACGGAAGAUUUCCCCUGUGGAGCAGUCAUCUUACUCUCAGGAGAAGGAUAUUUCAGAAAUUAUUUCAGUUUCUCAAAUUGAAGCUUCAUCCUCAACUUCAUCAGCUCAUACACCUACCCAGUUAACUUCGCCAUUGCCAGAAGAAACUUUUUCAGGUGCUGUUCCACCCAGAGAUAUGUCACUACAUUCUUCUUUUACCUCAGAAAAGGUGCAGAGCCUAGGAGAAAAGCUGUCACCAAAGUCUGACCUAUCUCCAUUAACUCCAGGGGAAUCUUCUCCUCUGUACUCUCCUAGUUUUCUAGAUUCACUUCCUGCAGUCACAGAAGCGGUGUCAGCUAGUCACACAUCUUCAUUGUCGCUGCAAGUGUCCUCUGUCAAAGUAUUUGGUUACCAGGAACCCCUAACAAAGCAUAGUCCAGAACCUUUAAUCAGCCCAGAAAAAGAAGAUUCAGAGAAAAGCAGCAGGUCACCAGAAGAACUUAGUUAUUCUUACAAGGCCACAGAGAAAACUACUAGGUCACCAGAGGAUAUUAGCUGCUCCUAUGAGGCAGUUGCAAAAUCUAGAUCACCUCAGGCAACAGAUUAUUCCUAUGAGAUAACAGGGAAAGAUACUAGGUCACCUGAGGCCACAGAUUAUUCUUAUGAGAUGACAGGGAAAACCACAAGGUCAUCAGGAGUCACAGAUUAUUCCUAUGAGAUAAUUGGAAAAAACACCAAAUCACUUGAGGUCACAGAUUACUCUUAUGAGACAACAGGGAAAGCCACCAGCUCACCUGAAGCCACAGAUUACUCAUUUGAGACAACUGGGAAAACCACCAGGUCAUCCGAAGCUAUUAGCUAUUCCUAUGAAGCAAGUGCACAUUUUACUCCAAGAAAAUCAUUAGCAGAAUCCCGUCGAGAUGUUGACUUAUGCCUUGUGUCCUCCUGUGAAUAUAAACAUCCUAAAACUGAACUUUCACCGGGUUCAGGGGAAGAACAGUAUAAAGAACAAGAAAAGCCAUUAACUCCAUCUGGGGGAACUCAGCCACCUUCUGGGGGAAAGCAGCAAGGGCGGCAGUGUGACGAAACCCCUCCCACAUCCAUGAGUGAGUCUGCCCCAUCUCAGACUGAUUCGGAUGUUCCCCCUGAGACUGAGGAAUGCCCUUCCAUCACUGCAGAUGCUAACAUUGACUCAGAAGAUGAGUCAGAAACCAUUCCUACAGAUAAAACAAUUGCAUACAAACAAAUUGACCCACCACCUGUCCCGAUGCAGGAUCAUAGCCCUUCCCCUAGGCACCCUGAUGUCUCCAUGGUUGAUCCAGAGACUUUGCCCACCAGUCAGAAUUUGGGUAAACCUUUGAAGAAGGACCUCAAAGAAAAGACAAAGACAAAAAAGCAGAGUAUUAAGACCAAGUCUUCUUCUCCUGUUAAAAAAAGUGAUGGUAAAUCAAAACAAGUGGCUUCACCAAAACCAGCUGUAAAAGAAUCUUUAGACAAAAUUUCUAAAACAGCUUCUCCAAAAAAGAAGGAGUCUGUGGAGAAAGCAACCAAAAAUAUCUCUAAUCCAGAUGUAAAGUCUCGAGUGGAAGAAAAAGAUAAGGACACCAAGAAUGCAGCAAAUACAACAACGUCCAAGUCAGCAAAGACUGCAACCAUAGGAACUGGGAAUAGUAAGUCAGCAAAAUCUACAGCAGUGCCUCCAGGACCUCCGGUGUAUUUGGAUCUGGUGUACAUUCCCAACCACAGCAAUAGCAAGAAUGUCGAUGUUGAGUUUUUCAAGAGAGUGCGGUCAUCCUACUAUGUGGUGAGCGGGAACAAUUCUGCAGCCGAGGAGCCAAGCAGGGCUGUUCUGGACUCCCUGCUGGAGGGCAAGACCCAGUGGGAGAGUAACAUGCAGGUGACCUUAAUCCCAACCCAUGACUCAGAAGUGAUGAGGGAAUGGUACCAAGAGACCCAUGAGAAACAGCAGGACCUCAACAUCAUGGUUUUGGCAAGCAGCAGCACUGUUGUUAUGCAAGAUGAAUCUUUUCCUGCAUGCAAGAUUGAACUGUAAGAACAAGACCAUGCACCACAAGAUUUAACUUUAUUUCCAGUCUUCAGUUUGAAAACACCUUUUCUAAAAAUUCAACCCAUCUAUUUCAACUGCUGAACUGUAUACCUGCAAAAUGCUAUACUGUAUCAUGGUGAUGCAAGUCAUUAAUAUUUUUCAGUCUUUGCUGAUUACUAAGGGAAAUAACAGCAUUCCCAUAGUAAAGUUCAAAUCACUGCAAAAAUACAGAUCCAGUUUCAUCUCUGAUGAAUGUUUGGAAACCAUGUACUAGCAAUCCCAACUGACUUCUGCCAGGUAGAGGCAUUUGCUCUCUAAAGAAACACAAAGAGAGAGAGAGAGAGACGGGUAGGAGGAGGAAGUAAUAAAUAAUUAGGUCUCCAGUAGUCUCAUGACAAUAGCUGUAUCGCUUACUGCAGUUUGUUUAUGCACUCACAUGAAAAGGUUUUAAAUUUGUAUCAAUCUGAGCUAUCACAAUGGAGGUCCUUACUUUACAGAAUUAAGUUAGCUGGAAAAUAAGAA